AUGAUAUGUUCUAUGGCCCGCGCGGGCACCAUUCUGGCAGGCUUCUCAGGCCUUGCACAGUCCGCAAAUGAUGCCCUUUGGCCCCUCCAAAGCUUCAAGAGCUCAUCCAUCCAAACACCCUUCUUGAACGUUACCAAGAUGGGCCAAACCGAGCCGGGGUACCUCUUCUUCACACCUCAUGAUAUACUCCGAAAGACUGGGCACCCAGUCAUCUACUCAGACGACGGCCAACUAGUAUGGCAAGGCGAGCCGGGAAAUUACUCCGCGCUCCAGCCACAGAUGUUGGACGGUGAACCCGUUAUAGCCUACUGGUCCGGAUAUGCAGGCGAUGGCUUUGGUUUCGGAGCGAUCACAAUCCUGAACAGUUCGUACGAGGAGAUCCACCGCGUGACGUUGGACUGCAAGAAAGAAGGAUUCGUAACUGUUUUUGAUCCGUUGGACGUUGAUUCGUGCAUUGAUAUCCACGAGAGUCAGCUCACGGAGAACGGAACAAUUCUCGUGACUGCUGUCAAUGUCACACAGGCCGAUCUGAGCGCGGUUGGUGGACCCAAGGAUGGAUGGGUUCAGGAUGCGCUUGUAUACGAGAUCGAUCUGAAGACGAACGAGGUCGUCUUCCGCUGGAGUACCUACGAACAUAACGACGAGGUGGCAAUCACCGACACUCGCGCGCCUUUGGAAGGCUUUGGAGGAAAUAAAUCAGAUCCGUAUGGAUAUCCUCAUUUGAACGCCGUCUACAGAUAUGGGGAUUCAUACCUGGUUUCGUCGCGGUAUAUGUGCAGUCUCUUUUUCAUUGAUGCAGAUGGCUUGGUCACAUGGCACCUCCACGGACGGACCGGCGGUGAUUUCCAAUUAGACCUUGGCACGAGCUUUUGCUAUCAGCACGAUGCACGUUUCGAAUCGCAAAGCGAGGAACGAGUGACUAUCAGCCUUCACAACAACGACAACACCAAGUUUACAGGUCACGCAUCACUCACAACGGGCAUGGUUCUAGACGUAGAACUGCAAGGAUCGAAGAAAGUGACACUCAAGAGUCGUAUGUGGGAUGCUGCUGAGCCUGUGUUUGCACAGUCGCAAGGAAGCUACCAAUCACUCGGCAAUGGACAUAGCUUGCAAAACCACGGUGCAACCCCAAAGAUCGAGGAGUUCGAUGAGGACGGAACCAUUGUCAUGCGUGCGCGCUUUGGCUACGACAACACGAUGCAGACCUAUCGUACAUAUCGGUACCCAUGGGUCGGACACCCGGCCACUAGACCUGACGCCGUGGCCUGUGUGAAUGGCGACGGAACAACUUUUGUUUAUGCCAGUUGGAAUGGUGCAACCGACGUAGAGGCCUGGAAGGUCUCUUCCGGGUCAACAAUCAUGAAAACUGUUGUGCGAAAUGGGUUUGAGACAAGAAUCGCAGUGGACGGUUUGAGCAACGGCGAUUCGCUCGUCGUGGAAGCUGUUGGCGGGGUUGGCGAUGGCACGAGUUCUAAGUCUGUCACACUUGGAGAAUGUUGA